AAAAAAAAAAAAAAAAAAACCAAUCAUCCCUGCAAAAACCAAACCAUCAUACCAAGUUAUCGAACAUAGUUUCUUAUCCUUAUAGAUAUCCUCAAACCACUAGUAGUUUCAGGGAAUUUCAACGAAAACUGAAAAUGUUACUAUUCAACAGUUUAUCAGUUUCAGUCCCAACAAUUUCAACGAUUCCCUCGAUUCCUAGUCAUUUGAGUAGAUUUGGCCGGCAUUACCAUCACCUCCUACGCGUUCCCCGGCCAUUUUCUUCGAAUCCGCUACCCAUUGUUACAAAAAACCAAAAGCCCUUCUUCUCUUCGGCCUUGGUAUCAACUGAAGAAGGCAAUACAGAAGUUGAAUUUCAAGUGUUAACUGCCAUCAACAGUAUAUACAACGACAUCGUCAUCGUAGAUACAGCUGAAUCACGAAUGCUCCUCCUUGACUCUACUCACAAUGUUCACAGCAUCUUUAUGAAAGGACAGACAUGGACUGGUUCAUAUUGGGAUGAAUUUGCUACCUUACCAGCUAUUAUUCCAGAAGGUCCAAUUGCAAUUUUUGGCUUGGGUGGUGGAACAGCUGCACAUUUGAUGCUUACCUUAUGGCCUUCACUGCAGCUUCAUGGAUGGGAGAUUGAUGAAAUUUUGAUUGAUAAAGCAAGAGAACAUCUUGGAUUAUCUGAUCUUGAAAAGCACACAGAAGAUGGUGGUGUUCUUCAUGUCCAUAUUGGUGAUGCACUUUCUACAUCAAGUAACAUUCCCGGGGGGUAUGCUGGUAUUGUUAUUGACUUGUUUUCUGGUGGAGAGGUUUUGGCUCAGUUGCAAGAGGUGGAAACCUGGUUGGAAAUUAAUAAAAAAUUGAUGCCAAAUGGUCGGCUCAUGGUGAAUUGUGGUGGCAGUAGUGAUGCUAUAUGGGAGAAAAAUUCCACCAUUAAUGCCAUGUGCAAAGCAUUUCCAGGACAAGUAAAUUGGAAAAAGAUGCCAAAAAGUGAUGGUGAGAAUUACCUUGCAUUCACGGGUCCUUUACCGGAUUUGAGCAUGUGGAGUGUUGGUCUUCCUGAUAGAUUGAGCUCAAGCAUUAAGCAAUGGACCUCAUGUUUUCCUUCAUAAUUAGAUUCAAUUUCUGAAUUGGCGUUUGGCAAAAAUCGCAACACUCCAGAAGAUGAUCCUGGGAUCAUAUUAAUAGAGGGUAGAUUAGACUUUAGAGCUUUGAUGGUAUAAUGGUAUGAAGGGAUGCAAAAGUAUAAAUCUUUAGUUAUAUUGUUCAUGUAACAGCAGGGGUAAAAUAGUCCAUCAACUAUCAUCAAGCCAUAAUAAUGUGGAGAGGCAUGCAAGGAAAUAUCAAUGUAUUUUUUUAAAUAAUAACAACAGGGGCAAAAUGGUCCAUAAACCGUCAACCGGGGCAUGGAAAUGUACUUAUGUGUUAAGCUUUUAAUGGUAUGAUGUAAUAAAGUAAUAUUUUUGAAAUGGAAUGGGUAUAAGUAUUUAUUUUGGAAAUUUGUAGUUAUG